AUGAAGCCCAUAAAAAGAGGUUAUAAGAUAUGGUGUUUGGCUGAUCAACAUGGAUAUAUUAGUAAGUUCUCUGUUUAUCAAGGGAAAGAGGAAGUAAUUGAUGACUUUGUUGAUUUUGGUUUGAGUGAGAGAGUAGUUCUAAAUCUAACAAAGCCUUAUUGGAAUAAAGUAAUGAAAGUGUUUUUUGAUAACUAUUUUACAUCUAUAAAUUUAUUAGAAAAAUUAAAGCUAGAAAACACCUUUGCAUGUGGUACCAUACGAUCAAAUAGAAAGAGUAUUCCACUUCUAGCUCUAGAUAAAACUUUAGAAAGGGGCAUGUAUGAUUUUAAGACCUCUCGUUUAGGUAUUACUGUUUAUAAGUGGAAGGAUAAUAGAAUUGUACACUUGGCAUCUAAUUUCCAUGGUGUUGAAGAAAGUAGUGUAUUACGAACUGAACGUGACGGAACAAAAAAAACUAUAAAAUGUCCUACUGUAGUUAAAGAUUAUAAUAAAUACAUGGGGGGAGUUGACAAAGCAUAUCAAUUACAAGCUCUAUAUAAUAUUAAUAGAAAAUCAAAAAAAUGGUGGCAUAGAUUGUUUUGGGGUGUUAUUGAUAUCAUAUUUGUCAAUUAA